GAUCUCAAAAGAUCCAGGAUCCAGGUGUGGCUGUACGAGCAGGUGAACAUGCGGAUAGAAGGCUGCAUCAUUGGUUUUGAUGAAUAUAUGAACUUGGUGCUGGAUGAUGCAGAGGAGAUUCACUCCAAAACGAAAUCAAGGAAACAGCUGGGUCGGAUCAUGUUAAAGGGGGACAAUAUCACUCUUCUCCAAAGUGUUUCUAACUAG